AUGGAUCAGGCCGUGGGGGCCAUGGGCUCCCUCCUUGGCAAACUGGGCAAGGUUAUCAAGAAGGAGUACAAGCUACAGAAGGGAGUCAAGAAAAAGGUCAAGUCCUUCUCCGACGAGCUGGAUAUUAUGCAGGCUGCCCUUGGCAAGGUGGCAGAGGUUCCGCGGGAUCAGCUCGAUGAGCAGCUCAAGCUUUGGGCUGCUGAUGUUAGGGAGCUGUCUUACGACAUGGAGGAUGUCGUUGACUCUCUCCUGGUGCGUGUUGAGGGCAGUGACCCCACUGCUGAUCAGUCCAACUUCAAGAAGCUCAUGGACAAGAUGUUAAAGGUCUUUAAAAAGGGCAAGGCCAACCGUGAGAUUUCCACUGCAGUCGAAGAGAUCCAUAAGCGGUUGCAAGAUGUGGCCGAACGACAUCAAAGGUAUAAUCUUACUAAUCUACCUGCUGCAGCCACAAGGACCACCGUUGACCCUCUCUUGGAAGCUCUUUACGGAGAUAAGAAGAAUAUCAUCGGCCUAGAGAAAGCAAGGGACGACAUUAUCAAGAAGAUCACUGAUGGGGACCGUAAGCAACUCAAGACACUCUCCAUUGUUGGAUUUGGAGGAUUGGGCAAGACUACACUUGCCAGAGAAGUAUAUGAUGCCGUUCCAGUAAAAUUUGAUCACAAAGCUUUUGUGUCUGUGUCUCGGAAUCCGGACAUGAAGAAAGUAUUGAGCAACCUUCUCUUUAAGCUUGACAAGAGAAGACAUAGUAGUUUUAAUGCAGAAAAUUUGGAUGUCGAGAAGCUCAUUAUCCUAGUCCGAGAAUUGCUUAGCAGGAAAAGGUACUUCAUAAUUAUCGAUGAUUUAUGGAAUAAAGAAGCAUGGACAACAAUCAGAUAUGCACUUAGUGACGAUGAGUGUGGAAGUAUAAUAAUCACUACAACCCGUCUUAUGGAUGUCUCCAGAGUUUGCUGCUCUUCUAAAGAUGGUAUGAUUCAUGAGAUGAAAUCUCUCUCUAUGGAUGACUCCCAAAAUCUUUUCUAUAGAAGAAUAUUUUCAAGUGAGGUGUGUCCUUCUGGAUUUGAAAAGGUAUCCAUAAUGAUCUUGAAGAAAUGUGUUGGGGUGCCAUUAGCCAUCAUUAGUCUAGCUAGUUAUUUAGCUAAUAAUCAGAGGAUCAACCAGAUUGACCAAUGGAAUGUCUUGCUCAUCUCUAUUGGUCAUGGACUUAAAAAAGGUGAUGAUCAUGUGAAGGAAAUGAAGAGGAUACUAUCAUUGAGCUUUUAUGAUCUCCCUUCUUAUUUGAAGACUUGCUUUCUGUACCUAAGUAUCUUUCCAGAAGACCAUCAAAUUAGCAGAGACCGGUUGAUAAGGAGAUGGGCAUGUGAAGGUUUUAUCCAAGUAGAAGAUGAAACAACCAGCCUACUUGAGCUUGGAGAUAGUUACUUCAACGAGCUAGUAAACAGAAACAUGGUCCAGCCGAUACAUGUUGAUGGUAGGGUUGAAGCAUGUUGCGUACAUGACAUAAUGUUGGAUCUUAUAUGUGAAUUAUCAAGCGAAGUAAACUUUGUUACUAUAUUGGAUGUUAUCAAGGGAGACACACCUUUGGAAAAGAAUUUCCGCAGAUUGUCCAUCCAGAAGAGCAUGACAGAUCUCACCACUACUCAAAUGGCUACCACAAGCAUGUCACAAGUGAGGUCUUUUACUGCUUUUAGUCCUGCUAUUAGUAAGAUCCCUCCUCUUUCUGGAUUUCAAGUCUUACGUGUAUUGGAUCUGGAAGGUUGUGAUCUUCGAAAAAGUCCUGGUGUUGUUGACCUUAGGCAUGCUGAGAAUCUGCUACAUUUGAGAUACCUAGGCUUAAGGGGCACAAAGGUUGGCAAGCUCCCUAUGGAAGUAGGAAAGCUACAGCUUUUGCAGACACUAGACUUGCAAUGGACCAAUUCAAAAGAAUUGCCAUCCAGUGUGGUUCAGAUGAGGCAUUUGAUGUGCCUAAUCCUUGAUUCAGAUAUGCCACUACCAAACGAUUUCAGCAACCUGGCAAGCCUUGAGCAGCUGACGGGACAUGGGGUGGGCCUUUUUACUUUAGACAGCGCAAAAGGGCUGGGCUGUCUUAUUGGGCUAAGGGAGCUCGCCUUUAAAUGGGAUCAAUUUGUCAAAACAGACCAAUGGGAUCCAUGGAUGCAACCGGAUCAUCUGAGAACACAAAAAGCUUUGCUGGAGUCCCUAGGCAAGCUGCACAAACUCGAGAGUCUGGAGCUCUUCUCUCUUAGUCCUUGGGUUUCCAACCUUAUACUGGAUUGGGUGCCGUCCCCAAACCUCUGCAGGCUUAAACUUGACGGAUGGUUCAUGAGCUUCCCUAAAUGGAUUUGUUCUUCAUCGCUUCCCCUACUCUCAAACCUAUAUAUAGUUAUCAAAAAAGUGCGAUCCAUGGAUAUUCAGACCCUUGGGAUGCUGCCGGCUCUGUGUCAUGUCGUCCUCGACGCAAGCACCCUCAACGUGGGCCAUCUAGUGGAGAAGUUGGUGCUUAGCGCCGGAGCUUUCCCCAGCUUGAGAGUCUGCCUUCUCCACAAAAUUAUGUUGGUGAACCCUACGUUCCAACAAGGAGCUAUGCCAAUGGUUCGACGCCUUCGCUUUGGUCUCCGAGUGAAUGACAUCGUCAAUCCUGACUUCGAUUUGAGCAUAAGGAACCUUCCUUCGCUCCAGCAUCUCAGAAUUGACCUCCUCGAUAGGGGAGUCAGCACAGAGGAGUAUUCUCAGGCCGUGGGCGCACUGAGGCGUGUGGCGGACGACCAUCCCCAAAAUCCCACCCUUCGUGCUGAUAGAUUUUGA